AUGUUCAUUGCUUAUGAUAUGACAUUAUUCUCAUAUGAUAUACUUAAAGUAUGGAGAAAUACUAUACAAAAUAUUGAUCAUGAAUAUUUAACAAUGAUAAAUUCUGCAUUUGUUUUAACAUCUCAUCCAUAUGGUUCAAAAUUACAUUUAACUGAUGAAUAUUUAAAUCAGAAAGAUUAUUUAGCAAUGAAAUUAACAUUGGGCAUGACAAUAUGUAAUUUUAAACAUCAUAUACAACAAAAGGAACGGGAACAACAAUUAUCACAACUACAAGCAAAUAAUGGUUUCUAUGCAUCAUUAAAGAAUACAACAUUGAAAAUUCCAAUAAAAUCUGAUUUAAGUUUAGCUAUAACAUUUCAUGAACAUCCAGAACAAAAUCAAGCUGCAUUAGAUUUUUAUUUAAUUAAUGCAUACACAUGUAAUGUUGAUAUUUCGAAUUUAUCAAUGAAUACUACUAAUACUACAACUAACAAUAUUAUUAAUGAUACUGUAUGUUUAGAGAUAUAUUCAUCAAUGAUUUGGCCAGAUUACAAUGUUAGUAGUAUGGUAUUAAGAAGUGAUUGGCAAUUAAAUGCUACAUUACAACAAACUACAACUAUUACAGAAUGUAUUCCAAAUAAUGGAAUAGUUAUGGCUCUUAUAUUCAUGUCUGUAUUAACAGCUACAAUAGCAUUUUCAUUAGUUGCUUUCUUGUUAGCAAGAUGUUAUCGACGACGGAAAAUGUAUCGUGAAGGACCUAAUAAACUAAUUCUUUAUCCAGAUGAUAUUGUAUUCAUGAAAACUCAAAAAACAGUUAAACAUACUACACCAAGUAAUGUUGAUCUACGUUUUCCAACAAUGACUAGUGAAACAAAACUUAAUGGAUCAACAACCAGUCAUAUAAAUCAAGGUAAAAUAGACAAUCAAGCAAGAUCAUUGGUGUCAGUUAUGAGUGGUGAUGGAAUUGAAGAUACAAAUGUUGCACGUUAUAGUAAUAGUUUAAUUUAUAUAAAACGUUUAGAAUUGAAUAAUGCUGCAUUAAAGAGUAAAUUUUUAGAUCAUGUACGUUUGUUAAGAGAGAUACGUAAUGAAAAUGUCAAUCCAUUGAUUGGUUGUUAUGUUGAUAUUAGUGCAUUAUGCCUGAUAUUUGAUCAUUGUACAAGAGGAAGUUUAAAAGAUAUAAUCAAGAAAGAGUCCAUAAAUUUAGAUUGGGAAUUUAAACUUUCCUUAAUAACGGAUGUCGUCAAAGGUAUGAGAUAUAUUCAUUCAUCUCCAAUUAAAAAACAUGGUUGGCUUAAAUCUACAAAUUGUUGUGUAGAUGGUCGAUGGGUUGUAAAAAUAACCGAUUAUGGAUUAACAGAAAUCUUCGGUAUUUAUGGUACUAAAAGAAAGAUGAAAGAUGAAGAAUGGUUAUGGACAGCACCAGAACAUUUAAGAGAAGAAACAAAUAUUUAUAGUGGCAGCUCGAAAGGUGAUGUUUAUUCAUUUUCUAUUGUGAUGCAAGAAAUUAUUACACGGGAUGAACCUUAUGGAAUGCUUGGAUUAAGUGCAUCAGAAAUAUUGAGUAAAGUUCGUAAACCACCACCACUAUGUCGACCGAAAGUUUCACAGUCUGAAGCUCCCCCAGCUUAUUUAGAAUUUAUGAAACGUGCAUGGGCAGAAAGUCCUAUAAUGAGACCAACAUUUGAAGAAAUCUAUCAACAACUUAGACAACUUAAUCAAGGAAAAAAAAUCAACAUCGUAGAUCAUAUGUUCAAGAUGAUGGAAAAGUAUUCAGCUGACUUAGAAGAUCAAGUACGUGUUCGUACAGAAGAAUUGGAAACUGAAAAGAAAAAGACUGAAUUACUAAUAGCAAGAAUGCUUCCUCCUGUUGUAGCGGAAACUUUAAUGUCUGGUAAACCCGUUUGUCCUGAAGCAUUUGAUGAAGUGACAAUCUAUUUCAGUGAUAUUGUUGGUUUUACAACGAUAUCUGCAUUGUCUACACCAUUUCAAGUUGUUGAUUUGUUAAACGACCUUUAUACAAUGUUUGAUUCAACAAUUGACUUUUAUGAUGUAUAUAAAGUUGAGACAAUUGGAGAUGCAUACAUGGUUGUCUCCGGUUUACCAAUACGUAAUGGUCAGUUGCAUGCGGGAGAAAUUGCUACUAUGGCUUUAGAUCUGUUGAGUCAAUGUGGGACAUUUGUAAUUCGUCAUAUGCCAGAUGUACCACUUCGUUUACGCAUUGGAUUACAUUCAGGAUCAUGUGUUGCUGGUGUAGUUGGAUUAACAAUGCCGCGAUAUUGUUUGUUUGGAGAUACAGUGAACACUGCAUCUAGAAUGGAAUCAACAGGAUCUGCUUUUCGUAUUCAUGUUAGUCCAACUACAAAAUCAAUUCUGGAUAUUUUGGGCGGUUAUCAUUUACAAUUACGUGGUAAAGUUGAAUUAAAAGGCAAAGGUUUAGUUGAUUCAUUUUGGUUAAUUGGAAAAGAUAAUUUCAAUAAACCCCUACCUGAUCCACCGCCAUUAACUGAUUUGGCCUCUCUACUUAAACCAGAAGAAAUAAAAGCAAUGGCUGAAAAAAAUAAAGCCGAUAGUAUUGAAUCAGUUGAAAAGUUGAAAAAUGAGGAUAUGCAAACCCACGUAGAAGAAAAACCACAUGGUAAUAAUUCACCUAGACGAAAAUCUAGCAGUUAUUCAGUUCAUUUUACUGGAGAAAAUUCCGAUCAGCCUAUUAGAUCUUCACAGAAUACUGAACGAAAUAAAACUGAUAAAACACAUCGUAGAUCAAGCAAAGGUCCAUUGCCUCCAGUUAAUUGAAGAAAUGGAAUGAAUUCUAAAAAUAGUUAAAAUGCACAAAUAUAAUGUAGAAUAAGUUUAUUCUCUUAAAUAAUUAUAUGGUACAUGAUUUGAUCAUCAAUGUUUAACAUUGAAUCAACAUGUAUAAUGAAUAUAUUUGGUAGUUUAUCACUGAAACAAUGUAGAGAUAAUUUAAACAAAACGAUUUACAUGCAAAUAUAUAAUCUUGAUUUUGAUUUCAACUAAUUUGUACAAUGUUUUACAUAUAUAAAGAAAAAAGAUAUUAUUGAUCUUUGAGCCUAAUA